GAGGAUCCAAGGACAAAGCUGUUGGUUGACAAGUUUGAGAAGGGUUCCAUAAGUCCGAACCUGCCGCCUCCAGGGGGCAACGGACUGAACAUCACCGUGGCCGCCAGCAUUGAUGACAUCAUUGACUUAGAUGAGCCUGGAGAGUCCAUCACCACAGCAGCCCGCAUAAACCUGCGCCGAUACGCAGUUUCUUGGAUUUCCCGAGGACGACCUUGAGAUGUCUCACACCGGUGAGGUGACCUGGACCAUAGAGACCAUCCUCGUCACCACCUGUAUCCUGGACCACUUCCUGUUCCCGUUCGAUAACAUGACGUGUAACGUGUGCAUCAGGGGCGACUUCCGGUCCAACGAGGUCUUCGUCUGCGCGGGGAUGGACGACAUUGGCGAUGACGUCAUCACGUGUCAUCAACACAAGCGCCUCAAACGGGGAGAAUGGGACGUCGUCUACAACAUGCGCGUCGAAAACACGACGGCAUGUCUGGACCUACAGCUCCAGCGAAACUCCCUGUACCACAUGUGCACCACAGUGUCUCCGUCCAUCGUCCUGGUGGUGCUGAUGGGAAUCACGUUCUGCGUGCCCAUCGACAAGGGUGACCGGUUGUCCUACGGCAUGAGCAUCCUGCUGUCCAUGUUCGUGUCCCUGGUGGUCAUCAACGACUUCCUGCCGAGGAGCGCCACCUUCCCUUUGCUGGGAAUUUUGACCAUCACGGCCAUCAUCCUGAUGGGAGUGUUCAUGUUAGCCACUGCCGUGGUCAUCUCACUGUCCGGUCGGGAGGGGAAGCUGCCGCCAUGGGCCAGGACGGUGUUCCUGAAGUACUGUGCCAUGGCCAUGCUGCUUGGCGACCUCACCAAAAAGUGCAGGAGAAAGGAGGAACCUCCUGCAAUCAACAGCAUAGAUGCGACCAUGGCUUCACCUACGGAACGCAUGCCGUCCUUUACUGUGGACAGCUUCAACCUCGAGGAGGAACCGCGCAGGCGCCUGAACCUGAUGAAAAUCUUGGUGAGCACGAACACCGUGAUGUGGCGGAUCCAGAACACCAUGGUGGCCACACAGAGCACCCUGCACAAGCUGAAUAUGUGGCUGGGUAAGAAUGAGGAGGACAGCCGUGAUGGUGAUGAGGAAAGCGAAUGGAUGGUGCUGUCGCGCGUGCUGGACAGGCUGUGCUUUGUGCUGUACUUCAGCUGCCUGUUCAUGACUCUCCCCAUAGCUCUAUAUUCGCGUCCUAACUAGAUAUAGGUUGUAUGAGGGAUAAAAAUAACAUUUCUAAA